GCCGGAAGGCCGGCGGGCGUGGCGGAGACGUGUCUAACUGGGGUGCCUGGAGGCUCUUCCUCGGGUGUCAGGAUCCGGAAGGCUGUCCCUGGUCUACCUGCAUUCGUGCGUCCAUCGCAGCAGCGUGGGGCGGCGGCGGCGGAGGCCCAGGCUGGGAGCGGCGGCCGCUGGGGGCCCAGCCAUGGCCGAGUCGGUGGAGCGGCUGCGGCAGCGGGUUGAGGAGCUGGAACAAGAACUUGCCCGGGAGAGAAGCCGGCACGUCGUGGGCGGCCGGACACGCAUCGAGAAGAUGAGCUCCGAGGUGGUGGACUCCAAUCCCUACAGCCGCCUGAUGGCUUUGAAACGGAUGGGAAUUGUCAGUGACUAUGAGAGAAUCCGUGCUUACACUGUUGCAGUCGUAGGUGUUGGUGGAGUUGGUAGUGUGACUGCUGAAAUGCUGACAAGAUGUGGCAUUGGUAAGUUACUGCUCUUUGACUAUGACAAGGUGGAACUGGCCAACAUGAAUCGACUUUUCUUCCAGCCUCAUCAGGCAGGACUGAGUAAAGUUCAAGCAGCAGAGCACACCUUGAGGAACAUUAACCCUGAUGUGGUAUUUGAAGUUCACAACUACAAUAUCACCACAGUGGAACACUUUGAACAUUUCAUGAAUAGAAUAAGUAAUGGUGGAUUAGAAGAAGGAAAACCUGUUGACCUGGUUCUCAGCUGUGUGGACAACUUUGAAGCUCGAAUGGCAAUAAACACAGCUUGUAAUGAACUUGGUCAGACGUGGAUGGAGUCUGGGGUCAGUGAAAAUGCAGUGUCCGGGCACAUCCAGCUCAUGAUCCCUGGAGAGUCGGCUUGUUUUGCGUGUGCGCCUCCACUUGUGGUUGCUUCAAAUAUUGAUGAAAAAACCCUGAAACGAGAGGGCGUCUGCGCGGCCAGUCUCCCCACCACCAUGGGAGUGGUUGCUGGCAUCUUGGUACAAAACGUAUUAAAGUUUCUGUUAAAUUUUGGCACGGUCAGUUUUUACCUCGGAUACAAUGCAAUGCAGGAUUUUUUUCCUACCAUGUCCAUGAAGCCAAACCCUCAGUGUGAUGACAGAAACUGCAGGAAGCAGCAAGAAGAGUACAAGAAGAAGGCAGCGACACGCCCCACACAGGAGGCUGCCCCUGAGGAGGAGGAAGAGAUAACACAUGAGGACAACGAGUGGGGUAUUGAGCUGGUGUCUGAGGUUUCCGAAGAGGAACUGAAGAACUCUUCAGGGCCCAUUCCCGACCUACCCGAGGGAAUUACAGUGGCAUACACAGUCCCAAAGAAGCAAGAGGGCUCUGUUUCUGAAGUAACAGUGGAAGAUUCUGGUGAAAGCUUGGAAGAUCUCAUGGCCAAGAUGAAGAACAUGUAGACAGUGGACUGGCAUUUGUUUGAUUUUCUGUGCUUAUUCUGUUCCCU